AUGAUAUCAGUUUUGGUUUCAGAUGGUGACACGCCAGCGCUGGGACCCUCUGCAACGGAGGAUGAUUUGAAAACGCAGCAUUCGGAUACUCUGAAAUGCUUGCACAUGAAGGAAAGUCAAAUUGCUGUGAUGUGUGUAAGGCUACAGGAAGCCGAGGAAGCAAACAUCAAGAAAGAGGCGCGCAUUUCCGAACUCCGUAAAGAGCUUGAAGUCAUGAGGAAUGAACUGAACACGAGAGGUGCUGCUGGAACACCCAGCGAGCUAUCGUCCAGCCUAAAAAAGCUCCAGAGAGAACGCGAAAAAAUGAAGGAGGAAUUUGAGAAACGUGAAUGUGAAUAUGUAAAACGCUUGGAGACAGCAAAUGCUGAAAAUUCGGCGAGCAAAAAGGAAUUGAAUGAGCUGAAAACGAAAGUUAUGAAAAUGGAGAUGAAUGAACAGAGCUUGUCUGAAGAGAUAAGACUGGCAAAGUAUAAUUUGGAGGCGAACAAACACGAAUUCGACGAAUAUAAGCAGAGGGCCCAAAAGAUUCUUUCGGCAAAAGAAAAUCUGUUAGCGCAACUGAAGGAGGUUAUUGCUUUUCUAGAUUAG